AUGCUCUUAGUGGUGGGCCAAAUAGACAAACUAACAUCGGACUUUGAUUUUGACCUGGAGCCAGAUGACUGGACAGUUGCCACAGCCAGUAGCACCUCCAGCAGCGAGCGUGGUCUUGGCGAGGCCUUCAGGCUGGACUUCCUCAAUGCCGAUGUGUUGUCGGAUAGCUGGGAGUUCUGUAGCUACCUGGAGGCAGCUGGAGUGGCCUCUCGCCGAACUGCCAGCCUCGGAGAACAGAUGGGAGAUGCACAAUCCGAGCUGGGCCAUGGGACUAUCCCCACACAGACCACUACCCCACCCCCUUCCACUGCCUCGGUCUACUCCCAGAUGAACGGAGGGAUGCCCAUCCUAAACGGCCCCCGGAUCGUCACUCCAGACUCGUCCAGUGAAGAGGCCAGCAGCUCCACACACAGCCACAAGACAUCUCGUACAUCAGGCACAAGAGAGAGAGUCCGCUUCAGUGACAAGAUCCUGUAUCAUGCACUCUGCUGUGACGAUGACGAUGAGGAAGAGCAGGAAGACUUACAGGAGGACAAGAGUGACUGUGCUACACCAGACAGCGACAGUGAGCCCAGUGUCCUCAACACACCUGUCACCCCCAAACGUUCUUCCUCAGAGCACUCGCUCCUCUAUAACUCUCUAGAACCUUCUUAUGUCUCCUCAGUCAAGGGGAUUACAGGUCGACACACACUACCAAGGAAAGGUCUCCAAAGUCCAGGGUGCCGCAAAAAACUAUUACGAAACAGCAGCACACAGACUGUCUCUGACAAGAGCACCCAAACUGUACUGCCCUAUAUUCCAGUCAAACAGAAAGCAAAGGACCACUGA